AUGCUCUUGGGGCUGGCCGCGAUGGAGCUGAAGGUGUGGGUGGAUGGCAUCCCACGUGUGGUCUGUGGGGUCUCGGAGCAGACCACCUGCCAGGAAGUGGUCAUUGCACUUGCCCAAGCAAUAGGCCAGACUGGCCGCUUUGUUCUCGUGCAGCGUCUGAGGGAGAAGGAGCGGCAGAUGCUGCCCCAGGAGUGUCCAGUGGGUGCCCAGGCCACCUGUGGCCAGUUUGCCAGCGACGUCCAGUUUGUUCUGAGGCGGACAGGGCCCACCCUGGCCGGGCGGCCCUCCUCUGACAACUGCCCGCCCCCUGAGCGCUGCCCAGUUCGUGCCAGCCUUCCUCCAAAGCCACGGCCAGUGCUGGGCCGGGAGCCCCGCAAAAUGCCGACCUUCAGCCUGGGGCGCCCUGAACUGGCCCCUCACCAUGUGCCCCCUGAUCCUAUGGCCACGGUAGUAGUGCCCAUGCCAGGCUGCUGCACGGACCUGCAGAGCCUAGAGCGGAGGGUGCAGAGGAACACGGUGGAGCUGGCCCAGGAGGCCUUCUGGGAGCAGGAGCUGCGGCGGGAGCAGGCACGGGAGCGUGAGGGGCAGGCCCGCCUGCAGGCACUGAGUGCAGCCACCUCGGAGCAUGCCGCCCGGCUGCAAGCCCUGGAUGCCCAGUCCCGUGCCCUGGAGGCUGAGCUGCGACUGGCCAAAGACACCUCUGGACCCCCCGUGCCCACAGCGUCCACGGCCGAGCGGCUGCGCCAGGAGCUGACCGCCCAGGAGCGGCAGAGUGUGGAGGUGCAGGGCAGCCUGGCCCUGGUGAGCCGGGCUCUGGAGGCUGCAGAGCACGCUCUGCAGGCCCAGGCCCAGGAACUCGAGGAGCUGAACCGGGAGCUCCGCCAGUGUAACCUGCAGCAGUUCAUCCAGCAGGCGGGGGCUGCACUGCCGCCAGCUCCACGGCCCGAGAGGCCCUCCCCUGGCACACAGGACCUUCUGCCUCCAGCCGGAGAAAGACCACUUCUGAGAGCCCCCCCGAGUCCUGUCCUAGUGCCCAGCCUGAGCCCUGAGGUGGCCUCCAUGAGGCAGAACUCCUGGAGGUAG